AUGGCCCACGCAAUGCCUCCCAAAGAAACGGUGCCUCAUUUACCUUUUCGACUCUGUGAGGAACAUUGUGGAUCUAUGACCGGGGCUGCCUGCAGCUUGCCCCCACUUUGCGGCCCCGGUACGCGGAUAACGGACCCCUCGGCCACCGCACCUCUCACUCUUGCCUGUAAGUGUGAUGCUUGCCGCUCUCGCAAGAUUCGGUGCAACCGAGAGUCUCCCUGCUCUCACUGCGUCCACGCAAAAAUCGAGUGCACCCACGCAGACGCUAAGCCCAAGGAGAAGCGAACACGCAUCUUACUGACCCCUCAAUAUGAACGUAAAAUCGACCUAAUUGAUCGCCGGCUCGAUGGCGUCGUCCGCCUACUGGAAGACCUCAAGCUGAAUUGGCCGCCGCCGACAUCACAGCCGUUGCAGUCCCAGACAGGCUCAACCUCGAACCCUUCACCAGCAGCAAGAAACGCGCAGUCGUCCUUUUCGACGCCGUCAAGUCAUGCUGCCCAGUCCGUUCCCGCGGGUCCAGUAGUAGAAGGCGACUCUUCGCUGGCUGCUCACUCUGUAUUCGCCAAUGAGUUCCUUCAAAAUGUGGUCAACACUGGGGACCUCCAGGGUUCUGGCCUCGAGCUGCGGGAGACCCUCAACUCUCUUCACCACAUUGUCGACGCCUUGAAGCAGCAGACCACGACCAGUGAAAUGGCAUAUCCUCAUGGAAAGCCUACUUCGCGUCCUGUAUUCCAGACUGCCGACCUGCCUCCAAUCAAGAAGGCCGUGGCCCUUCUGAGGACUGCCACUUCGCAGUGGCUGGCGAGCACCAGUUGGAUAUUUGAAUUUCUCUCGAAACAGCACUUCACUGACCUCUGUCUCGGGGUAUACUUCUCUGACGACCAUCUGGACACCGAUUACAUCACAGUCAAUGCUGGCCUCUAUGCUCUUUUCCUCGACCAAUCGUACCAUUGUCCUCCAGAAGAGAAGGAGGAGAACUUACAAUACGCCCAAAUAUGCAAGGAAAAUUUGGAAACAGCCCUCGCAAAUCUACCGUUGCAUCUGCCCGCUUCGAACGACGUUCUCCUGGCUCUUUUGUUCGGAGCUUUCCACGCCAUCGAGAUCUCCAAGCCCUCGCUUUCGUGGGUCCUGACCUGCAAAGCCUCGGAGCUGUGCCAGACACUAGGAUACCACCGCGCCUCCUCGAUGAAGAAUGACAAGCCCGAAGACCGAGAGUUUAAGGUUUUCAUCUUUUGGUCUGUUUAUUUUAUCGACAAGAGCCUGUCUCUCCGCCUCGGAAGAGCUUCCACCAUUCCUGACUGGGACGUUACCGUCCAGCCACCUGACGUAAAGACAGCCGAGAAGAGGGCCCUCGUGGGCUAUUUUUGCCUCUGGAUCAAAGCGGCGCGGUGCCAGGGCAACACUUACGAGAAGCUUUACAGCCCAGAUGCGAUUAAGCAGUCUGACAGCGUCCGGUUAGCUCGUGUUGAGAAGCUGGUCUCGGACCUGGAAGACUUAGAAGUCGAAUCAAGGCAAACAGACGCGAAGUGGCUGAAAGCCGCUGAACAAUACGUCGGCAAACCACUGAUGGAGUUCUUUGUCAUCUCUGACGAGGUCCUGAGGCUCGGACUCCUCACCAUGGUUUACAGGGCGGCCCCACGACCAGUUGGAUCCUCGACGACCUUCACCGCGGAAUGCAUCAAUGCCGCACGAGUUACCCUGGCAAGGCACCAGGACUGCAUGGUGAUCGAGACGCAAGACCAAGAAGACCUCGCCCGUCUGCACGCCUUCAUCACGUCCAUUAAGAACGCGCCCGCCGUUUCCGACGCCGCGGCCAAGAUGCACCGCCUCUUCGAGGUCCUCUACAGCGUGGCGUUGCGCUACGUCGAGUUCCGCGUGUCCACGCCCCCGGCGCAGCAGGCACAGGCCAACGCAGAGAUGAACACGUACCUCGCGCAGCUUGGAUUCCCGGCGACGGCCGGCGAUCCCAACGUAGUCGCCAGCAACGGAGCGGACUUUGGUGGCCACCAACCGACUUCGGCGGCGGCAGGCACUUUUGACAGCACGUUUGGUGGCGGUCUCGGGGAUGCGACGAUGCAGGGCGGCAACCCAAUGAUGUGGAUGGGCAACACGGCGCAGCUGGAGGACUGGUUUUACAGCAACCAGCAGAUGAUGGGGCUGCUCCAGGAGCCGAGCUUCAAUCUGCCCAACACGCAAUGA